CUCUCUUCUGCUGAGCAGUGCUGGGCCAGCUGCUGUGGUGGCAUGGGUGUCAGAGGGGGAUGGACUUGGCUCCUGGCUGGAUUUGUCCCCCUGGGAAUUCCCCAGUGUUACAGGGGGAAGUGUCAGCCCAUGGGAACGCCCGUGGUGGCCGUGCCAGAGCAUCCAGGGCAGAUCCCAUAAAAGGGCUGCCGGCACAGAGGGUGGCAGGAGGCAGGAUGAGGCCGUGCCAAGUACUGCUGCUGUUGCUGGGGCUGGCCAGAGCCACCACACCAGGCCCAGAUGGAUCCACACUGGGAUUGGCUGGAUCCAUCCCAGUGUCCCUGCCAGGGCUCUGGACCGUGAGCUAUGAGGAUGCUGUCUCGGCAGCUGUGGAGCUGCUCAACACAAGGGUCAUCACUCCCUAUGUCCUGCGGCUCCAGGAGGCACAGCCCCGGCCCGGCUGGCCUGGAGACCUGCAGCACCCGCAGGAGCUGAGCUUCAGCGUGGAGGAGACCUCGUGCCGGCCACCGGGGAUGGCCACCGCUGCCUGCAAGAGCCGCUGGUUUGGGGCAGUAAGCUGGUGCCAUGGCUAUGCCUUCCUGGAGCAGCAGCAGCCCAUGGUGGAGCUGUCCUGCGAGAAGAUGCCCAUCAUGCUCGGCCCGAUCCAGAAAUCCGGCAUCAAGAACCUUUUUGGCAGGAUCAAGGAGCGCUUCAAGGGCUUCUUCCAGUGCAGCAAGGUCUGGAUCCGUGACAAACUCAACCUGAAAAAGCCCAAAUCCUGAGCGGGUGAUGUCGCGUCCCCCCUGCCCCGUGAUCCU